UGUGAGUUGCGUCCUCUGGUUUCUGAGUGUUUCUCUCUUCUGCUUUCAGAAAUGGCGUCUGCUGAUCUGAGACAGGAGCUGGACUGUUCCAUUUGUCUGGACAUUUAUACAGAUCCUGUAAACCUGAGCUGUGGUCACAGCUACUGCCGGGUCUGUAUUGAACGUUUUUUGGAUACACAGGGAGGGUCUGGAAAUUUUUCCUGUCCUCAGUGCAGAAAAAGAUCUAGGAGUCGUCCCACACUGCAGAGGAACAUAACAUUGUGUAACAUAGUGGAGACUUUACGAUCUACUCAGCCAGAUAAGGAGACUGGAAUCUUCUGUACUUAUUGUAUUCACUCUCCUGUACCUGCUGUUAAAUCCUGUCUGAUGUGUGAAGCUUAUCUAUGUAAUGAUCACCUGAGAGUCCACAGCAAGGCACCAGAACAUGUCCUAACUGAUCCCACCACUUCCAUGGAGAACAGAAAAUGCUCCAUCCAUAGAGAACUUAUUAAAUAUUACUGCACUGAGGACUCUGCCUGUAUCUGUGUGUCCUGCAGGCUGGAUGGAGAACACCAGGGACACAAGGUGGAGACUCUGGAUGAAGCCUUUGAGAAGAAAAAACAGAAACUGAGAAAUGUUCUGCAGAAACUGAUGACAGAGAGAGAGGAGACAGAGAAAAGAGUCCAGAGUCUGCAGGAUCGCAGGAGAAAAGUACAAGAAAAAUCAGAGAGAGUCACCGCCCUGUUCAUAGAGCUCAGGAGACAUCUGGAGGACCUGGAGAAGAGAGUCCGGAGGAACAUCUCCAGCCAGGAAGAGCGGAUCUCCCUCUCAUUGUCUGAUCUGAUCCAUCAGCUGGAAAUAAAGGAGGAGGAUCUGUCCAGGAAGAUGGAGGACAUUAAGGAGCUGUGUAACAUGACUGACCCACUGACUGUCCUACAGGAAUCGGACACAGGGGACUUGUGUGAUACUGAGGAGGGAGAUAAUGAGGACAGAGAGAGACAUGAUAGACUCCUCCAUGAUGGAGGGGAUCUGGAUGUGUCUGGAAUCUCACACACAUUACACAAAGGGUUAUCUGAUAUGAUAAAAGAGGUAAAUGUAUUCUUCAAUAUACAGGAAGCUUCAGACAUAUUACUGGAUGUGAACACAGCUCAUAAUAAUCUACAGAUAUCAGAUGACAUGAAAACUGUAUCCUGGUCAGAUAUAAAGCAGAAUCGUCCAGAAACACCGGAGAGAUUUCAGUACUGGCCCCAGGUGUUAAGCAGUCAGAGAUUUUCCUUGGGGCGACAUUACUGGGAAGUGGAUGUCAGAGAGUCAGAACAUUACAGAGUUGGGAUGUGUUAUCCCAGUAUAGAGAGGGGAGGAGACCAGUCACUGAUUGGAUAUAAUAAGUCCUGGGGUUUGCGCAGGUCUAGUGGUGAGUGUUCUCUAAUACAUGACAAUAAACUGAUCAGAAUAUCUCCCGAUCUCUCCAGUAACAGAGUCAGGAUCUAUGUGGAUUAUGAGGCCGGGCAGCUGUCCUUUUAUGAUCUGUGUGACCCGAUCAGACACCUCCACACCUUCACCACCACCUUCGCUGAACCCCUCCAUGCUGUGUUAUAUGUAAGAAAAGGUCAUAUAAAGAUCUCUGGGAGGGUCAGGAGAUUUUUACUUUGAUCAUAUUACCGAAAAUCUGAACUGAAUCUCAUGAAAUCUGGUGAGAGAUGUGAACAGUUUGUACAGAUAACAUAUUUCUUCAAUUUGGUGGAUCUGGAAGAUCUCGGCACAGGAGAGUCUCCUCCAUCACGUCCACAACCGAUAAGACGGGGGAGGGGAUUGGGGGUUUAUUUGUACAAUCUCCUUUAGAUCUACCCUCAGCUGUGUAUUAUUUGUACCUGCCUGAUUUGAACUAAAUCUAAUUUUAACUUGACAUUACAUAUUUUUUGGUAGGAGAUUUGGUAGUGUGUGGUCAGCUUUAGAUUUACCAGAAAUAAAGGACACAUUAUCUGUUCAUAUUGUAUUCAGGAAAGUACUGGCACUACGUAGUUGAUGGUAGAUCUAAAACAGAUUGUACAAUCAGUUUGUAGGGUCAACUUUAAGGGUUAUGUUGGGUUAGGGGUUAAGGUUAAAUUUAAGGAGUCAUUAUAUUUGAGGAACAUUAAACGUUAUCACACUAGGGUAGCCUUGCACUCUUUCCUUUUAUAUAUUAUAUUUGAGGAAUAAGGUGUUAAAUAUUAAUUUGGAGUGUUUAAAGUAUAUCUCAUAUAUCACAUUUUGGAACAUGUGGGAAGGAGUUAAAGCCCCUGUCAGAUUUUUAUUGUCUGUCCCCUGUUGGGGAGACUCGCACUCUCCAUUUGUCCUGUUUAUUGAUAUUAGAG